AGCAUUCUGAUUUUCUUUGUAGCUCCUCAGCCUACAAAGUGCUCAGCUGUCACAAACAGUCAGGCACACCCACACACAUACAGAGGCAGGGCUAGGCCGGGUGGGCCUGCUGGCAUUACUCAUCCCAAUGUCCCACCUGUUGGAGCUUCAUAAGGAAAGUUGAGCACAUAAUGGACUGGACAAUAGGAAUGGUAGAAAAAUAAAGAAAGAGUUCCAGGAAGUUACAGGCUGAAAAGACACCUCCAGUGGAACCAGUACUCUUUUGGAAGAAGUGGAGUCAACGUGCCAUCUGCUGGACCAGAAUCUGAGUAUCUGGAGGAACUAAACAUCAACCAUGGCUCAUUAUGACUCGUUGGAUGACAAGGACUCUGUGGAUAUUCAUGACGACCCGCCUCUGCCUGAUAAUGUGGUGAAAGAGGAGGACAACACGGUUUACUUUAUCUAUGAUGAGGAGGUCGAGGAUGAGGACAGAGAGGAAGCACCUCCUGCAGAACCCUUCAGACCAGUAAAUGACAGACCUCACAAGUUCAAGGACCACUACUGCAAGAAACCCAAAUUCUGUGAUGUCUGUGCGCGCAUGAUAGUGUUGAACAAUAAAUUUGCAUUGCGAUGUAAGAACUGCAAAACAAGCAUCCACCAUCAGUGUCAGUCCUACGUCGAGUUCCAGAAGUGCUUUGGCAAAAUACCUCCAGGAUUCAGAAGAGCGUACAGUUCUCCUCUCUACAGCAGUCAGCAGAAUGCAACAGUCUCACAGCUGCUGCCUUUUUCACAGUCAAACCGCACUGACCCUGUGUUUGAAACUCUGCGUAUUGGUGUGAUCAUGGCCAACAAGGAGCGUAAAAAAGGCUCAGAGGACAAGAAGAAUAUGAUGAUGAUGAUGGAGGACGAUGAGUCCCAGCCCAAACAACACGAUGAAGGAGGUGAAGGAGCGACCACAGAGGGAGACAAAAGAGGAGACAAGACUCCUGCUGAUGACAAGAGUAAAAAGGUUCAGCCGGGGAAGAUCGGCGUGUUCAGUCAGUCUCAUUACUACCUGGCUCUGUACCGCUUCAAAGCUUUAGAGAAAGAUGAUCUGGAUGUUCAUGCGGGUGAUCGCAUCACAGUGAUAGACGACUCCAACGAGGAAUGGUGGAGGGGGAAGAUCGGAGAGAGAACAGGCUUCAUACCAGCCAGCUACAUCAUCAGAGUGAGAGCAGGAGAGAGGGUCUACAAGGUGACUCGCUCCUUUGUUGGCAACAGAGAGAUGGGCCAAAUCACUCUGAAGAAAGACCAGAUUGUGGUGAAGAAGGGGGAGGAGGUGAACGGCUACCUGAAGGUCAGUACAGGUCGGAAGCUCGGCUUCUUCCCCGCCAACCUGCUGCAGGAGAUCUGAGGAGGACCAGCAGGCAUCUCUCUCUCUCCUCUAGCAGGCUUUAGGUGCAGCUUCUUUCCCUGCUGUAGCAAAC